AUGGAUCAAGUGAUUGUUUCUAUUGAGACGAGAUUUGAACAAUUUCAAAGUUGCCUAUGCAGAAAGAAGUUUUUCAAAGUUCAAGAUGAUAAAGAAUUAUCUACGUUCUACGAUGUCACAAGAAAGAUUGAAUGGAUUAGAUAUGAUGUCUAUCAUGAGAAAUAUGGUUGA